UCUUGUAUUCACAACUUGUAAUAUUUUGUGGUUAAAAAAGAUAUCACCAAAAUCUACGGAAAUAGCCUUUUACAUGAUAUUAUUAUUAUUCGAGAAUUUAUUCUAGCGUCUGAAAUUUCUUACACCAAACAUUUUGACCAUUUAUAACAGUUUAUAAUAUAAGCACUUGACUUCAGUUUGUUUAUUUGGAAUUUGUGAAUCAAAUAGCACACAUGGGGAGAGAUCGAGAUCGUAGUAGUUCGCGGCACCGCAGCCGCAGCCGCGAGCACCGCAGAAGUCGCGACAGAGGGCGGGACCGGAGUAAGGAGCGGUACCGAUCUCGAGAGCGAAGCAAAGAUCGUCACAGAGACAAAAGUGUAGACCGGAGAGAGCGCACAAGAGAUCGUAGCAGAGACAGACACAGCAAGGAGCGCCAGAGAGAUCGGAAGCCCAGAGAGCGUAGUCGCAGCAGGGAGAGAUCGCACAUGCCUCAUAAGGAAAGGGAAAAUGAGCGCCGUGGGGAUGAUAGGACUCGUAGCUCGUACACAGAUUUCGGUGGAGGAGGCGGGCUGGGCUCAGGCGGGGGUUUUGGCUCUGGUGGAGGAUUUGGAGGAGGUCUAGGUAGCAGUGCGACCGGUACAGGCGGUGGUGUAGGCGGCCGUGGACGCUACAAACCACAAGAAGAUGACUUCUUGGACGCGCGCCGCGAGCAACGCGAGCGCAUUGGCGAGCUCGGGGUUUCUGCUGUGUGGGGCAAGUCACCGCAGAGGCCAGAUUCUGAUGAAGAAUCUGAACCAGAAAACAACAAAAAAAGCAAAGACAAGAAAAAGAAAAAGUCCAAAGACAAAGAAGACACCAAGCAGAAGCUGAAGAAGUUAAAGAAGAAACUGAAGAAGGUGAAGAAGGCACGCAAGAAAGCCAAGAAGAAGUCCAAGAGCUCCUCCAGUGACUCCAGCUGUAGCGAAGAAGAACUUUGGGUGGAGAAAGGAAAAGAACAUGAAGUGAUCGCACGCACAUCCGUGGAAGAAGACGACGCCAUCCCCGGCCCCGCGCCCGCCGUCGACGCCGCCAGCGCCGGCCCGCUGCGAGAGUUCGGACGAGCCUUGCUGCCUGGUGAAGGUGCUGCUAUGGCUGCCUUCGUGCAGGACGGGAAGAGGAUACCCAGGAGAGGAGAGAUCGGCCUCACGAGUGACGAGAUCGCGGCGUAUGAGAGCGUGGGAUACGUUAUGAGUGGUAGCAGACAUCGUCGCAUGGAAGCCGUACGUAUCCGCAAAGAGAACCAGAUCUACUCCGCGGACGAGAAACGAGCGCUCGCAGCCUUCAGCAAAGAGGAGAGGGCCAAGAGAGAGGGCGCCAUCUUAGCUCAAUUCAGAACUGUGCUCAGGGCUAGAACUGCGAGACGAGACGACGCAUAGUCUGUCUCUCUCUCAUAUACAGACGUGUAAGAUAGGUAUCCGCAGAGAGAACUACUGAAUCUCUACGGACGAGAAGCGUGCGCUCGCCGCUUUCAGCAAAAAGGGGCCAAGAGAGAAGGUGCCAUACUCGCGCCGUUCAGGACUGGUGCUCAGGGCGAGGACUGCGAGAAGAGAUGACGUAUCUGUUGCUCCCACACUUUCUGCUAUUUUCUUAUAAGGCAGUUAUCACGAGGCGAUUUCUGUAUGCAGCGACGACAUGUACACUGUACCUAUAGUUCGUUUUUUUAGCAUUAGAAAAAAGGUAAACAAUCUUGAGGUGUCUUUUAAUUGAAAAACACAUUUUAAAAAUAAGUUACGGCAAAUAUGUAACAAUUAUGAAUAUAAUACGAUCAUUUAUAUUCUGCUUUCAUAAGUGAUAGUUUUUGAUUUUUAAAAAGCGUUUUUCAAUUAAAAGACAUGUCAAGAUUGCUUACCUUCUUGCAAGUUCUUUCUAAUGCUAAAAAUCUAACUAUAUGUAUGAGCUACAUCCUUAACUAUUAAUCAACUGAUUGACUGAUAGAAUCAGAAACACUGAACUGCGCUCCAGAACUCGAGUUGUAGAUGUAGGGGUCAAGACCGCUAAGCUUAAGUGGGACUGGGCUGGACAUGUCUGCCACAUGCACCCUGAAAGGUGGGCCAAAAUGGUUACGGAGUGGGACCCACGGAACACCAUAAAUGGUGCUGGCCGGAGUGCAGGCAGACCGAAAAGGAGAUGGCGGGACGACUUGGACGCAUUUUAUCCGGAUUGGCGGGAAACUACAAAAAACAGGGUCGAGUGGAGGAAACGAGGGGAGGCCUUUGCUCAGCAGUGGGACACUCAACCAGGCUAACAAAAAACUUUGAAUAACUGUUAAAUUUUAAAGGAAUUGUGAAUGACAGACUGAUGUGUUAAAACGUUAAAAACAAGUUAGUAUGUGAAUAAUUUAUAGUUAUGUAAUAGUGUAUGUAAUGCAAUCAUUUGU